AGGGUGCAGCCCAGCACUGCGCUGCCAGCCGCGCUGCUUUCCUUCUCGCUGUCCUCCUGCAUUGCCCCCCGCACCCCCCCGGACGAUGCUGUUGGCGGGGCUGUUCCUGGCGCUCUGCGCGCCGUCGCUGUGCCCGGCGGUGCUCGGCGCCGCGCGGCCGCAGCUGCUGGUGGAGAGGAGCGGCCCCAGGAUGCUGCGGGAGGUUGGUGGCUUUUCCUGGGAGGACUGUGGUAAUGGGAGGGAUCCCGUCGUGCUCCAGAGCCUCUCGGUGGCACCCGACCCCAUCAGCAUCCCGGGGAACCUGCGCAUCAGCGCGGCCGUGAGCAGCAGCAAGGCCAUGACCUCCCCCCUGAAGGCGGUGCUGGUGGUGGAGAAGGCCUUGGGUGACCUCUGGAUCCAGCUGCCCUGCAUCGACCAGCUGGGCAGCUGCACCUAUGAUGAUGUGUGCAACAUCCUCGACAACCUCAUCCCACCCGGCAUGCCCUGCCCGGAGCCGCUGCUCACCUACGGCAUCCCCUGCCACUGCCCCUUCAAGGCGGGCUCCUACUCACUGCCCGCCAGCGACUUCGCCCUACCCGACGUCGAGCUGCCCUCCUGGAUGACCAACGGCAACUACCGUGUGCGGGCGGUCGUCAGCAACAAGGGGCAGGAGCUCGCCUGUGUCAAGCUGGGCUUCUCCCUGCAGUCCCAGUGAGGGGCUGGGGGCGUCCCUCCUCUCCCCGCUGCCUUUUUAAUUCAUCUCAUCCCGUCCUACCCCAUCCCACCCCAUCCUCAUCCCUUCUCCAUCCCAUCCCAUGUCCGUCCCGCAUCUGCUGCCCUGUCUGUCCACACAUCUCCCUGUCCCUCCCUGUGGUCCCAAACUGACACUUGAAGCAGGAGGAGAGGAAAGCUUUGGGUGGGCUCAGGAGCUCUGCCCAGCCCCGUACCUGCAGGGUCAGAGACUGCUGCCAGGCGGAGGUCCCCCCUGUGUACCCACUCGGUGAACCCUCUCCUACCUAACACAGAAGGUCCCCCCUUGCUGUCCCUUUGUCCCCAACCCUGCCACCCCUGUCCCCAGCCUGGAACGGGGUGACUUUGGAGCCUACCCCCAGCCUUUUGGGGUAACAGUUUUUUACUCUUACCCCUCUUCUUCUUUUCUUUUCUUUUCUUUUCU